UCAGGCGUUUUCACCACUCGGCCGAUCGAUUCAUGGCAUACACGAUGAGCUCUGCGCGAAAUCUCUUGUCCGUUCUUAUUCUCUCUGUAAUAGCCACUAUCGUAGUAGCCCACAACAUCACCGACAUUCUUAAAGACCACCCCGAGUACUCACAGUUCAACAGCUACCUCACCCAAACAAAACUCGCCGAUGAAAUCAACAGCCGUACAACAAUCACCGUUCUUGUCCUCAAUAAUGGCGCUAUGUCAGCUCUCGUAGGCAAAAACCCUCUCUCUGUCAUCAAGAACGAGCUUAGGCUUCACGUUUUACUCGACUACUACGAUGGGCAAAAGCUCCAUCAAAUCUCUAAGGGAACAACACUCACUACCACUCUCUACCAAACUACCGGAAAUGCCCCUGGAAAUUCGGGUUUUGUCAACAUUACUGACCUCCAAGGUGGCAAGGUCGGUUUCGGUGCGGCUACUCCCGGUUCAAAACUCGACUCAUCCUACAGCAAAUCCGUUAAACAGAUUCCUUAUAAUAUCUCUGUGCUUGAGAUCAGUUCUCCAAUAAUUCAGCCGGGAAUCUUGGCGGCUCCGGCCCCUUCGGCUUCAGACGUUAACAUAACGGCUUUGCUAGAGAAAGCUGGAUGCAAGACCUUUGCUAGCUUGCUUGUUUCUAGUGGUGUGAUUAAGACCUACGAGUCAGAUAUUGCUGAUGGCUUGACUGUGUUUGCACCGUCUGAUGAGGCGUUUAAGGCUGAAGGUGUUCCUGAUCUAAGUAAACUCAGUAGUGCUGACAUGGUUGCUCUCUUGGAGUAUCAUGCGGCCUCUGGCUACAAUCCAAAGGGGACCUUGAAGACUACUAAGAGUCCAAUCUCGACCUUGGCCACUACAGGUCCAGGAAAGUUUGAUCUGACGGUUACAACAGCCGGUGACGAGGUAACUCUGCACACUGGAGUCGCAUCGUCAAGAGUUGCCGACACUGUGCUUGACUCAACGCCGUUGGCUAUUCUAACCGUUGACAAUGUACUCUUGCCUACCGAGUUAUUUGGAAAGGCACCGUCUCCAGCUCCAGCAGGUGAGCCAGUGGCGUCUCCAUCUCCGGCCCCAGCUGUACCAUCGCCAACUCCUGCUCCAGCCUCCGUUGAGGGGCCGUCACCGUCAGCCGCGUCACCGCCAGCUCCUCCUACUGAGACGCCAGUGGAAGCGCCAGCUGAAGGUCCGGCCGGGUCGGAGAAUAGUACCGCCGACAAUGCUGCCAUUCACGUGAACGCACCUGCUUUCUUCGCAACGGUGGUGACUGUUCUUUGCUCGGUGUUUUUGUCCUGAAUCGUAAUUACGCAAAUCUGUUAAUUUAUUUUUAUUGAAUUUUUUACUGUUGUUAUUUUUAGGGACCGGAGAGGUUUAUUUUUUUAUUUUGGAAAUUUUUAAUUUAUGGAAUUUGAUGAGGCGCACUGUAGCAAGUAGUGGAUUUGCGAGGGGUGAGAACUGUACUUGUCGUCUUGAUGAUUAUUUUGCAGCUUUCUGUUAAAAUGUUUUGUUUUUUAAGAUAUUAUUAUCUGGGAA